CGCGCCCGCAGAGGAUCUGUAGAAAAUGGCGAGUCUGUGCAAACGGCAGCAAUGUACGAUCGACAGACGCGGCUUUCGCCAGGAACUAGACUCGUGGCGACACAAACUCAUUCACUGUGUGGGGUUUGAGAGCAUUCUUGAAGGUCUCUUUGGUCCGGAGCUGGUACAAGACUUACAGUUAUUUAAGGAUCGUGAACCUCUUGCUGUGUCUGAUUGGUCCUUUGAUGAAAACUGUAUUUUCUGCUGUUUGAGAAGAAAUAAAGUGAAGGAACAUUUCAGCAGUUUAAACAGUGAUGGGCUUGAAGAUCCACCCAAACCUCUGUUAGUGAAGGAUCAGACUUUGCUGAUUAAACUCGAGAGACAAGCUGAGGAGUUUCUCAGUGCAGUCCUCAGAAGAAAAGAUGUGCCAAAUUUCUCCGACCCCCACGUGCCAGUAGUGGCCCGAGAGAUCCUUCAGGGGAUGAUCCGACAGUUUGCAGCUGAAUAUACCUCAAAGAGCAACCCUCAGGAGCCUUCAGCCUCUCAGCCGCACUGUGACCAAAGCCUGCCGUGUGCACAGCCUCUCUCUCCUCCGCUCUCCUCCGCUCACAACCUCAACCCAGUGCUCAGCAAACUCCUCAUGAUCGACCAGGACGCCCCUCUGGACCUCACCAUCAAGAAGCCCCCAGCCGAGCCCACAGAGCAGGAUGGAGUCCUGGAUCUAUCCAUCAAAAAGAACCGCAACAGUUCCUGCCUCUCUCCCAUCACAUCCACACCCAAAGGGGAGCCCAGGGAGGUGCAGAUCAGCAAAGGCAAGGACCUGCAGGCAGCGUCCACACUGGAACAGUUUAUGUCCAAACUGUGUCUGCACCAUCAGAGACAAAUCAUCAGCGCUAUCAGUUUCCUACAGACAGAGGUUAAAGCCCUCACACCCCCCAAGUCCUUACAAACAGUCAUAUCUCCACAUGAACCACAAACCUCCUAUUCACCACGUUUACCCACGCCUACCAGACCAUCCUCUGAGCCCUCUAAAGUGUACUCCAGUCCAGAUGUUAGACCUAAUGCAAGCACCUGUCCAAAACUAAAACAGUCUGUUACUCCAGCCCCCCCUGCGGUGGCUUCUAAAACUAGCCCUUCACCUACCAACACUUCAGCCAUUCUCAUAUCUACACCCACAAUAGAAACUAAAAACAGCGGUCACGGUGAUCAUGCGCCUUUAAAACUAAAAAUUAUGAAGACUGGUAGUGUUAGUGCUGGUAAUAAGUUGUCAUGUGUGCUCACCACCGCUAUUUCACCUCAACCUUUGGACGACAAACAGGGUAACACAAGUUCAACAGAGACGCAAAGAGCUAGACUCAGUUCUUCCUUUAAAAAGCACAAUGAAUCUAGUCACACACAUCCAGUCAAGCAGACUGUGGGACACUCUGAUGACAGAACAACAAAACCUAUUUCUUUUCAUUCAACUAUCUCCUCAAAAUCUCCCAGGACUGCCAGAAAGUCCGUCCGACCAUCUACCGAAUGCCACAACAAUGACUUUAAUGACAGAGUUAUACUAGACCCUGAUCUAGGACAUUGUGAUAUUGUUUAUAUUAACAAACCUAUCACAGAAUGCUUCAAGAAACGCCACAGGGGCAUGGCACCGCGACGCAACGCCCGAAAAAGCACCAGAGGACUCAUGUAUUCGGAUGAGAUAUGGGAGCUAAAAACAGUUCGAACUCUGGCAGGAAGAGGGAACUGCCCCAAUCCGUUGCUAGACUUCAACAGCUCCGUUACCCCAAAACAGAACCUAUCCAAGCCGGAAGGUGUACCCCCUGUGGAUAUGCCCUGUGCUGGGGAGUGCAGGGAAGCUAUGGAUCAGCAAAUCAUUACACAAGAGCCAACUGAGAGUGAGUUAUCAGAGACAGGACAGGCCAAAGAGACAACAGCAAGUGAUGUAGAUGUUGUAGUAGAAACCAGUCAGACAGACCAGUCACAGGUGGUAACUGAAACUGUUUAUCAGUCACCAGCAGAGCAAGUUGAAGAUACAGACAAGAGUGUAGAACAAGAUGUAUCUGCAGAAUUGGAGAAGCCCAGUGAAAAUAAAGAAAUUACCCCAGAAAUAUCAACAGAACAAAAGGAAAUCUCCCAAAACACAGAAGAGGUGGGUGCAGUUCAGCCAGUUUUGCCCGAGACAAUCUCUGACUCUGUGGAGGACGGUGUUGUUGAAGAAAGCAAUGAACCAGUUUCCUCAGAUGACACUGAAAUUUUCAAAGAAAAUCCAUUACCAGAAACAGGAGAAACUGAAAAGGAUAAAACAAAUGAUGAGCCAAACCAAGAAAUUCAGACGGUGGCUGUUACCACGGAGAGUUUUAUGGAUACAGAAGGGGGUAAUACUGAAGUCUCACCCGCUGAGGAACCGGCCACAGAACAGGAAACUAAAGCUGUAGAAAAUACUAUUGAGACCACUGUAUGUGAAAACGAUGAGAAAGAACCUGCUAUGUCCUCAAAAACACUGGAGGAACUGUCAAAAGAAUUGCCCCCUUGGAGAAGAAGGAAAAAUAGUACAAGUUCUGCACCAAAAUGCGUUGAAAAAUCAGAAGAGGUCAUAGUGGGUUUUGUUAGUGGUAAGCCUGUUUCAGCAUCUGAUAGAAGUCUGCGGCGUAGGUCAGGUCAGACUACACCACCCAAAGAAUUGCCAAAACAAAACAAACGUGGUCGGAAAGUACAGCAAAAAACCGAUGGGGAUUUAAAUACAGAAUCCAGUGAUUUAGCAAAACCUCCAUCUGUGGAGCAAGAACCUGAACCAGACAAAACAGACUCAUGUCCCUCUGUCCCUCCAGUAACAGAGGAGUCCUCUGAUAAGCCCAGUCCCAAACCUAAAAUGUCUCCAAACAAAACAAAAGUGGACAGAAAAAAGGCAGUUGGACAAAGCACAAUAUCUUCACGUCAUCUUAGAUCCUCUGGACAAGUUGUAGUUGAGUCUCCACCAGCAGUACCCAUCUCUGUCACAACUACUACUGCUACUGCUGCUGCUACUACUUCUACUACUACUACUACUACUACUGAAACAACUGUUACAAGUCAACCAUUGGUCACAGAAUCUAAAGAGUCCUCUAUCCCAGUGGCAUCUACCCCACCUCCCACUCCAUCACCAACAGUAGAACAAACAUCUCCACAAACUCCCGAAAAGUCCACACCUCCAGAAACCAGCAUAGAGUCAAAAGUGGAUGAAAAACCAGAACCAGCAAAUAGCCAGCUUCAAAGUAAAAAAGACAGCCCAGUCCAGUCCAAACCUAAACUAAGAUCUGCAAAGGUUGUACCGGAGGAGAGUAAGGCUGAGAAAGCCGAAAGCCCAAUAAGUACCACAGAAAUUACAGUAAAGGGUGAACCUCAGUCUAAGCCGAUGUCUUUGAGAAGUAAACGCACUCUUCAAAAUGAGGUGGAACCUAGCAAGUCUUCGACCCGACUAAAACCCAACGAAGAAGCCCAACCUGAAAGUUCCUCAAAUGCAGACAGUAGUGGCCCGGUCACCAAAAAACCUUCAAGAAUGCCAUUGAGAAGUGAAGGCAACAAGGUGAAUCAGUCACCGCCAGCAGAAGAAAAGAGACUAUCAUUAAGAUCACAGAGACAGACUGCUGCCGCUAACAGUCAAAAUGAAGUUUCCUCACCUAUUCGUAUGACUAAAACACUAGUUAGGCCCAGUCCAGUUACCCAAAGUACAUCAACGAGCAUUGUCUUCAGUUCUAAAUCAGAUCCUCCCAAAUCGCCCAGUGUCAAGUUCUUGGAGGCAUUGAAUGGGGCACAAAACCAGCAAUUAAUCCAUAACCUCAACCUGAAGUUUGACAAAAUGCAGAAAGGUUGGAUGCAGUUGGACAGGGAAGGCCAACCCACACCUAAACACAAAAACAAGCUGGACAGACAAGCGGCUAUAUGGAAAAGUAAACGCAGAGUUCGAAAACCCAAAACGGCGGAAACUUCAAAAUACUCUCCAGUGCAAAUGCUCUUCAUGAACGGUUUUGAUCUGAGCACUAUAUGUCGCUGGUUUCUCGAAUCGACUGAAACUAAAUCUUUGGUCAUAGUUAAAAAGGUGAACACUCGCCUUCCAUCAGAAACUCAGCUCUGUUUCCAUAGCUCCGGGGCCGCGGGGAGUUCACAAGGCAUCUAUCCGAGUCUGCAGGCCGAACGCUUGAAGAAACAUUUGAAGAAGUUUGCCAUUGCGUCGCCUGUCAAAAGUAAUCCCAAGACGCAGAAACUCAUAGCCAAAGCGUUAGAACAAGAAUUGGUCAGUGUGGUUAAAGGGAAAGAGAAAAAGGAGGUGGCAAGCGCUAUUGUGAAAAAGCUAACUUCAUCUACCAAACGUGAACCACAGAAGCCUAAAAGCGGUAAAACUCAAAAUCCAGCCAGUGCAAGGAUUUUACGGAAAUACUCAAAUAUCCGAGAGAAGCAGGCCAACGCGCGACUAAAAGAGAAGGCAAAAGUAAAAGCCAGUUUGAAAUCCCUCACAAAAGAUGCAUCCAAGUCCAAACUGAAAUCAUUAAAAUCAACAUCUGGCAAAAAACAAGUAGAUACUGAGAAGAAAUCUGAGAAAAAGAAGGCGUCAGUUGACAAAUCAAAUGAACAGAAGUCUACAAAAUCACCUACAAAGGAAAAGACUAUCAAGGCUCCAAGCAGCAAACAAGUGACCAAGGAAGAGGUAAAGAAGGAGUUGCCAAAGAGAACGUCUCAAAGACUAGGGUCACCGUCUGCGCCCGAGCCUCAUGUCACUGCAGUACCUAAAAACAAGACGGACAAAAAAGUCGAAGAAAAAAAGCCAGUAGAAUCAAGUAAACCCACAAAAACCAAAGCUGCGAAGGUUCAGAAGGAUUCCCCUGAAGGAGCUGAAAGCAAAAGUGUUGAUAAUCCCGAAACGAGCAACGACGGCAAAGUCUCAAACUCGCCUGAUCAGGUUCAGACCAGGUCCCAGCGUAAAGUUGACCUGGCCAGUUCUGUCAGUGCCGCACCCAAAAGUGUCACAAGGAAGUCUGUGAGGGCCAACAAAACCCCAGCCCCAACAGAGAAGCCUGCCCUCACCCGAAGUGGAGCUCUGAAGCUUUCUGCAAAGAGAAGUCAAACUGCAGUGUUACCGCGCAGUGCGUCCAAAAAGGCUCAAGAGCUGCUAGAGACCCCCGCGAAACGAACCAGGACAAAAUGACAACAGAAUAUUUCAUUUGUUUUUAAUUUCAUUUUAUCCUGUUGAUUAUUUAAAAACUGACUUUAUCUACCUGAAGUUCUCAUUUGUACCGUUAAGGCCGAUGACGAAGUAAACAUUUUUGUGCUUUUGUAAAAUACAUUGACUUAUGUGUUUGGCAGUUAUGGGAUGAUAGAAAAUGCUUGAAGGAGACUGCAGUACCUCCAUGUUUCUGUCUUCCAGGACUUUGUGACUGUUAUGACCAGGUGCCUUAUCCAAUGAAAAAGUGAAUGUGUUUGUAAAUGUGAAGCAUUUUCUUUUUAAGUAUUUCCCCCUAUUUCCUUUUACACUGUGUGCAGGGUAAUUCAUGUGUAUUAAGCAUUUCUGUAGAGCUCUGUGUUACCCAUUAGUUUUUAAUACACAACUUCCCAGAGCAUUAAAAAACAUGAAUUCUUCAUUUAAUUCGACCAGCUAAUGUUGUGUACUUUAAUUUAUGGUUUUACUUUUGGGAGGGGUUUAUUUCUUACAUGCAUGGUUGCAGAUUUUGACUAGCCUAUGCAAGACUAUGCAUGCUCUGGUAGAGAAGCUGUGCUGGCGUGUUUGGAGAUAAAAAGAUGAGCGUGGAUAAUGUGAAAAAAUAGCAUUAAAGGAAAAGUAUUGACCUUUCUUAAUUUUUCCAUUUGUUUUGUGUGUUAGCCUAGUCACGUUUUGUGUGUUUUUGUCACUAAAGGUACACACUGUAACUUUUCUGGUAGAGGAUCUGCCAGCUGCUUGUCUCCAUAAAUAUCACUUUUUUGCCUUGAAUAUUCCACAGUAUGGAAAUAAAUUUGGUUAUCACAGUGGAGACAAGUUAAUGGUCAGAUCUAUGGAGAAACAAGCCUGUGUGUGGUAAAAAAAAAAAAAAGUGUUUUCAAUGUAUUUUUGAGCUACAAAACACCUGGAAAAGACAUGUUUAAUGUCCUACUGUGGAAUAUUCUAAGCAAAGAAAUAACAUCUCCAUGGAGACAAGCGAGUAGUGCACCCUCCAUCUUAGAAGUUAUAUUAUGCACCUUAUAAAUAUUUUCAAUGUGAAGUUCCACAAACAUCCGUAAACUAGAAUUUUAGCAGUGUUUUUUAGUAAUUCCACAUGUAAAUGCAAAAAUGGUCAUAUUUUUUUAAAUGUUAUUUAAGAAGUUGCACGGGGCUAACGUAUUUAGCAAAUCUGAAAGUCCACCAAAUAUCAGACUUGAACGUGUUUAUUCUUGCUAUAGUUGCUAUUUAAAGAUUUUCAUUUUGUAUAUUAGAAAGAAACGGCUUUAUUGGUAACUCCGUACAUGUGUCAUCUUUGUCAAGACCAUUGUAUUUUUGCUGAGCUGAUAUAAAGAUUUUUUUUUUUUAAAUGACCACUGUGCGAAUUCAUUUUGAUUUUAGGUAUGUUUUACUUAUAAAUAGUCCAAUGAUUUAGUGAAGUCCUUUUUUGGUCUAAUUUUAAACUGGAAGAAACUUAGACCACACAACUUUUAACUAAUAAAAACAAAACCAGACCAAGCACACAUAAUUGUUUUAAUUAAUGAAAAGGUGGAGGUUUGGUAAACAUUUUGUCGGUGGCACUACGUACAUUCAGCAUUACUGGGAUAGUUUUAGUUCAAUCCCACAAUCAAUCCUGUAACACAAAAUAAACAAAAUAGACAAAA